AUGGAGAUAGCCAACACCCUACGAGAGAGAGUCAUGAUAUUUGAUGGCGGAAUGGGAACUAUGAUUCAAAGAGAGAAAUUGGAAGAAAAAGAUUUUAUUGGCACUGAGUUUGUAGAUCAUCCCAAGAGUUUAAAAGGAAAUAAUGAUAUUCUAUGUCUGACCAAACCCGAUCUUAUUUAUGAAAUACACAAGCAAUAUUUUGAAGCUGGUGCUGAUUUUGCAGAAACCAAUACAUUUAGUGGAACAUCGAUAGCUCAAGCAGAUUAUGGUCUUGAAAAACAGGUAUACAGGUUAAAUGUUGAAGCAGCUAAACUAGCCAAGAAAGCAGCCAAAGUAGUCACAGAUGCGACAGGUGUGAAAAGAUAUGUAGCUGGAGCUAUGGGACCUACCAAUAGAACUUUAUCUAUUUCACCGUCUGUAGAAAAACCAGAAUACAGAAACAUUACUUUUGAUGAGUUAGUAUCAGCCUACAGUGAACAAGCUAAUGGUUUACUAGAUGGUGGUGUAGAUUUAUUAUUAGUAGAAACUAUUUUUGAUACAGCAAAUGCUAAGGCUGCUUUGUUUGCAAUAGAAAAUGUAUUUGAAGAAAGAGGUGAUAGAUGUCCAGUUUUUGUAUCAGGAACUAUUGUUGAUAAGAGUGGUAGAACACUUUCAGGACAAACUACAGAGGCCUUUAUCAUCAGUGUCUCUCAUUCUAAACCUAUGUGCCUAGGAUUGAAUUGUGCUUUAGGUGCUAGAGAAAUCAGACCUUUUAUAGAAGCUGUUAGUUUAAACACUACAGCUUUUACAAUCUGUUAUCCUAAUGCAGGUCUACCCAAUACAUUUGGUGAUUAUGAUGAAACACCAGAAAUGACAGCUGAACAGUUACAAGGUUUUGUUAAAGAUGGUUUAGUAAAUAUUGUUGGUGGAUGUUGUGGUACCACUCCUGAUCAUAUCAGGUUAGCUAUAUCUGAAGCUGUACGUGGUUUACCACCAAGAGUACCUCCUGCUACCUUACAUGAAGACACUAUGUUAUUAUGUGGAUUAGAACCAAUGUAUAUAGGAAAAUUUACUAACUUUAUUAAUAUUGGUGAAAGAUGUAAUGUUGCUGGUUCUAGAAAGUUCUGUAGACUCAUUAAGACUGGUGCUUAUGAGGAAGCUUUGAGUGUAGCCAAGUUACAAGUAGAAAAUGGUGCCCAGGUUUUAGAUGUCAAUAUGGAUGAAGGGCUAUUAGAUGGUGUAGCAGCUAUGACUAAAUUUGUUAAUUUAAUAUCUAGUGAACCAGAUAUAGCAAGAGUUCCACUCUGCAUUGAUUCAUCUAAUUUUGCUGUAAUUGAAGCUGGAUUGAAGAGUACCCAAUCUAAAUGUAUUGUUAAUAGUAUCAGUUUAAAAGAAGGAGAAGAAGACUUUAUAGAGAAAUCUAAGAAAAUUAAAAGAUAUGGUGGUGCUGUUGUUGUUAUGGCUUUUGAUGAAGAAGGACAGGCUACAGAAACAGAUAGAAAAUUCAGUAUUUGUAAACGAUCCUAUGAUAUAUUAGUCAAUAAAGUGGGAUUUAAUCCCAAUGAUAUUAUAUUUGAUCCUAAUAUAUUAACAAUUGCCACUGGUAUAGAAGAACAUAAUACCUAUGCUAUAACUUUUAUUGAAGCCUGUGCUAUUAUAAAGAAAAAUUUACCAGGUGUGAGAGUAAGUGGUGGAGUUUCCAAUGUGUCUUUUUCAUUCCGUGGUAUGGAUGCUGUAAGAGAACCAAUGCAUAGUGUCUUCCUUUAUCAUGCCAUUAAGGCUGGUUUAGAUAUGGCUAUUAUAAAUGCUGGAUGUUUACCAGUUUAUGAUGAUAUAGAUAAAGAUUUAUUGUUAUUGGUAGAAAAUAUUAUAUGGAAUAAAGAUCCUGAGGGUACUGAGAAAUUAUUAGAGUGUGCACAGAAAAUGGGUAAAAGUGCCAAGAAAGAUAAAGCUGAUGAAACAUGGAGGAGUACUGAUGUUGAAGAAAGAUUAAAAACAGCCUUAGUUAAGGGAAUUGAUAAGUAUGUUAUAGAAGAUACAGAAGAAGCUAGAUUAUGUAAAGAAAAAUAUCCCAGACCUUUGAAUAUUAUUGAAGGACCAUUAAUGAAUGGAAUGAAUGUGGUUGGAGAAUUAUUUGGGUCUGGUAAAAUGUUUCUACCACAAGUCAUCAAGUCAGCUAGAGUUAUGAAGAAAGCUGUAGCUCAUCUUAUACCAUUUAUGGAAGAAGAAAGAAAUGCGUCGAUGGCUGAAGGCACUACAGCUUGUGAACCAUCAUAUGCAGGAACUGUAAUUAUGGCAACAGUAAAAGGUGAUGUACAUGAUAUUGGUAAAAAUAUAGUGGGUGUUGUAUUAGGUUGUAAUAAUUAUAAAGUAAUAGAUUUAGGAGUUAUGACACCCUGUGAAAAAAUUUUAGAGGCAGCAAUACAGAAUAAUGCAGAUAUAAUUGGGUUAUCUGGUUUAAUAACACCAUCAUUAGAAGAAAUGGUACAUGUAGCUAAAGAAAUGGAAAGAAUAGGAAUGAAACUACCUUUAUUAAUAGGUGGAGCUACUACCUCAAAGGCACACACAGCUGUCAAAAUAGCACCCAAAUAUAAUAAUCCUACCAUUCAUGUCUUAGAUGCUUCAAAAAGUGUAGUUGUGUGUUCAUCAUUAUUAAAUGAGAAUGUAUAUGAAGAAUUUAUAGAAGAUAUUAAAGAAGAAUAUGAAGAAGUUAGAGAAGAACAUUAUGAUUCUUUAAAGGAUAGAAAAUAUUUAAAGAUAGAAGAAGCAAGAAAGAAAUCAUUUAAAAUUGAUUGGCCUAAAGAAGAAAAACCAGCAAAACCAUCUUUCAUUGGAACCAAAACGUUUAAAAACUUAGAUAUUUCUGUAUUAUUACCUUAUAUUGAUUGGAAACCAUUUUUUGAUGUAUGGCAGCUACAUGGAAAAUAUCCUAACAGAGGGUACCCAAAAAUAUUCCAGGACAAAGCCGUUGGAGGAGAAGCUAAGCGAGUAUUUGAUGAUGCUCAAGUAAUGUUGACUAAUAUUAUAAAUAACUCAAGUUUAACAGCUAGUGGAGUGCUAGGGUUUUAUAAAGCUAAUAGUAUAGGUGAUGAUAUAGCUGUAUAUGAUGAAAAUAACACUCAGAUAGCUACACUACAUGGUUUACGUCAACAGGUUGUAAAUGAGAAUGUAGAUUCGUAUAGUUGUUUAUCAGAUUUUAUAGCACCUAAAGAUAGUGGAAUAGAUGAUUAUAUUGGUUUAUUCGCUGUUACUGCUGGUAUUGGUGUAGAUGAUAUGUGUAAAGUAUUUAUAGAUAAUCAUGAUGAUUAUAAUUCUAUUAUGGUAAAAGCAUUAGCUGACAGACUGGCAGAGGCCUUCGCUGAAUAUUUACAUGAGAAAGUAAGAAUAGAAUAUUGGGGAUAUUGUCCUGAAGAAAAGAUGGAGACCAAAGAUUUACAUAAGAUAAAAUACAAGGGUAUAAGACCAGCACCAGGCUACCCUAGUCAACCAGAUCAUACAGAAAAAGAAACUAUGUGGAAGCUGUUAAAUGCUGAUGAUGUUGGUAUAACAUUAACUCAAUCACUAGCUAUGGAUCCUGCUGCCUCUGUUUCUGGUCUAUACUUUGCUUCACCUCAUUCUACUUAUUUUUCUGUUGGUAAAAUUACUAAAGAUCAGGUAGAAGAUUAUGCAUCUCGUAAAGGAUUACCAAUAAGUGAAGUUGAAACAUGGUUAUCAUCUGGUCUAGCUUAUGAUGUGUGA